ACCCACCAUCGUGUGUUGAGUCAGAUCCACCAUAAUUCCCUGUAGCCUACCAGUGAUGUAUUGCUGUAUGUUUACUAUGACCUCAGAAUUAGUCAAUAAUAAACUCAUUGUGAGAAACAAUGAGCGGGGGGAGGGGUUCUGUGAAUACAACAGACCUGCCCCAGGUGGGUAGUGAAUAAUUCAGAUACCCAGCUCCCUUACUUGAACCCCCUCUGCCCUCACCUGCGGAGCUAUGACUACAACCACACACGAUAACCAUUCAGCAUUUCUCCUGUCUCUGCCAAACAUCUACAGCCAGUCACCCAUUUCCUGGUGUGUGUUCAGCAGUACCAUGGUGUCUGGUGCUAUAGCGUUGGCCUUCCUCCCCCUGGUGUUGACUUUCCUUAUUCGUUACCGCUACUACUUUGUGCUGUUCUACCGGGCGGUGCUGGUCAGGAUGUGGUAUGACUGUACGACGGGGCUGAGCAGGGAGGAGAGGGCCUUCCAGUACGUUCUGACCCACGCCAUCCCCGGCGACCCAGAAAGUAUCCUGGAAACCUUUGACCUCUGGUGCAGCAAGGUGGAGUUCAUCAGCAACAUCGGCCCCAAAAAAGGUAAGAUAAUGGACCGGAUGCUUUCCGAGCACAGCCCUCUGACCGUGCUGGAGCUAGGGUCCCACUGUGGGUACAGCACAGUGCGUAUCGCCCGGGCACUGCCCCUGGGAGCCAGGCUCUACAGUGUAGAAAUGGAUGCGAUAAACGCUGCCAUAGCAGAGAAGAUCAUACGGCUGGCGGGCUUCGACGAUGACACCGUGGAGCUGAUAGUGAGUCCGUCAGAUGAGGUAAUCCCAAGGUUGCGGGCAGACUAUGGUCUGGAGCGGUUGGACUUUGUGUUCAUGGACCACUGGAAAAAAUGCUACCGUCCUGACUUGCAGGCUCUGGAGGGCUCUGGUCUGCUGGGAAAAGGCUCUGUAGUGCUCGCUGACAACGUCCUGUUUCCGGGUGCUCCUAACUUCCUCCGACACGUCCGCAAGAGUGGCCUCUACGAGUGGAAGAUUCACAGGGCCACUCUAGAGUACAGCAAGGGCAUCAGGGAUGGGAUGGCUGAACUGGUUUACCAGGGGAUCAAGUAGGGUGGGGGCAUAGUGCAUCUGUUACCUAUACAUACAAGACUGAGGUUGGGGGCAACUUACUUUUGUUCUCGGAGCCUACUAGUCUUCUGCUGUUUUCCCGCUUAGUGCCCCCUGCUGGUUGAAUAUCAUUCUGACAGUCUCUCACGUGUUUUACAGGUCUGUCUGUUGCAUUAAUAAAUCCAUUACAUACAUUCUCUGUACAUUGUUUUUCUUUAUUUACAUAAGAAACUUGACCAAUUAAAGUGAUUUACUUUACAUACAACUGAGCUUCUGUUAAGUUCCUUUUUACAACUAGUUGAAUACUGACAUUCUACAGCAAGUGUUCUUACUCUCCAGGUUUCUGUUGGCCACACACACACACACACACACACACACACACACACACACACACACACACACACA